CAGAGAGGGAGGGAGAGUGUAUAUGAGAGUGAGGUUGCUCCUCAGUAGUUCCUCCUCUCAGUCUGACACCAGCAGCCUGCUUUUUCCUCCUCAACUUCAGUGAAACUCCACCAGGUUGUGACAGCCAUGUUGGCGGUGUGUUUGAGGCUGCUUUUGCUUCUCCCCCUGGUUUGCUGCGUCCCGUCCCCCUCCAGACCGCCUUCCAGACUCUGCAGGCGAUGCUGCGAUCACCAGGAGUCGCCUGCAGCCGCGGCCCAAUAUCAGAUGCCCGAGGUCCGCACUGUCAUCAACAUGACCAUCCUCAAAGGUGAUAAAGGAGACAGAGGUGACAAGGGUACACCUGGCAAGCCCGGUUUAGAGGGACCUCCCGGCCACCGAGGACCCAUGGGCCCUAAAGGCACCAAAGGCCAGGUGGGUGCACCUGGAGACGCCUGCAAGAUCCCCUACUCUUCCUUCUCAGUGGGACGCCGCAAGUCCCUGCACAGCAUCGACUACUACCAGGCGCUGGUGUUCGACACGGUGUUCGUCAACCUCCACGGGCACUUCAACAUGUUCAAGGGCAAGUUCUACUGCUACGUGCCAGGGAUCUACUUCUUCAACGUUAACAUUCACACCUGGAACUUUAAGGAGACCUACCUCCACCUGAUGCACAACGACAAGGAGCAGGUGAUCCUGUACGCUCAGCCCAGUGAGAGGUCCAUCAUGCAGAGCCAGAGCGUUAUGAUGGAUCUGGCUCUGAACGACGAGGUCUGGGUCCGACUCUACAAGAGGGAGAGGGAGAACGCCAUUUACAGUGACGACGUGGAUGUUUACAUCACCUUCAAUGGAUACCUGGUGGCACCUAGCAUCCAGUGAGAAUAGGACAGAGGGAAUAAUGAGAGGAGUGGCAGAAUCUCUGGCUGGGAUUACUUGAUCUUUUUGCCAUGGAUACUGCUUUAUGCUAAGACAGGAGAACUAAACAGAGGACAAUACAAGUGUGGUGCUUAUUGUAAAUCCCUUUCAGCCUGGAGAGGAAUUUACUGUGCUUUCUUAAAUGAGGACUGCCCUAAAAAUAUAACAAUCAAAAGGAACAAAAAAUAGAGACAGGUAGCACAGCACACAAUUAGGAAAGAAUGUUAAAUGACUUCCUUUGCACUACACUUUUGUACAAAGUAAAUCACUUUUUCCUACUUGCUGUGCUGUGCUACUUUCCUCUUGGAUCACUCCUUUCAGGGACUUUGUGUUUUAACACAAGUUGUAUCACGUAUCAGGAAUUCUACAUCUGUGCAAUCAAUUAUGUAUCUGUGUUAUGAAUAGAGAGUUUCUGUCAGAUUAAAAUGUGUUCAGAGAGACUGCUGUCACACCUCAAACAAACCUUGGUACCUUUUAGAAGAAUAUUGAGCUUCAAAGGGUCAGUUCACCCAAUUUGCAAAAACACAUCGUCCCACUCACCCCUGAUGGUGUCUAACCAUGCAUAUAGUCAACUGAUUUAAAUGUUAUUAACCCAUUAAAUGGCUGCUAUCAGUUGUCAUCUGUGGCAUAGAUUACCUCCUACAGCAUAUUUAUGUUUAUUGUUAGGUGGCGGUCUCUAGAAGCCUUCGUAAUAAUGAUGGGAGCAAAGGAGGAAGUAUAAAGAGCGACAAAGUCCACAUAGGGAGGAGCUCGGGGUGGGUGGAUUGGCCAGUCAAACACAGGACUUUCAUCCAGGAGACUGCUGUUCAUGUACCGAGUGUAACCAGAAGUCAAUGUUGAGUUUUUUUAACAUACGUAAGUUAACUUACAUAAUGCACUAAAUUUAUGUGACAUACAUAAUGUAAGUAAACUUACGUACAAAACUUCAUUCACGUAACAAACGUAAACCUUUGGUUAUGUGACUUUAAAUUUAAUUGCUUUUAACUGAAAAUGCAUUAGGCCACUGCUGAUGUGGGUAGGCUUUAGUUUAUGGUUAAGUAUGGUAGAUAACUUAAAUUGUUGUGAACAUAAAGAAUUCAUCCUCCCUGUGUCAGCUCAAUUGUUGUUCACCUGGUGCAUCACAUGUGUGUAACAUCAGUGGCUGAUUAGGUCAGACCUGCACCAUGUGCAAACACUUCUGGCCCUUCAAUAUCUUCCUAAAUACAUGCUGAUUUACCAAACCAGAAGACUUAUAAUAGAGAUUUUGGGGUUUUUUAUUCAAAGCAUUAAAAAUUGCAUUUUACAUUUGGUUCUUGUCAAAAUUUUUCACCCAGACUGUUUUCUAUUGAAGAAACAGUGAAAACUGUUGAAACUCUAAAAACAGCAUUAAAGGGACAGUGUGAUGCUAAAUCAAAAACACAUGUUUUAUCUCUUACCUGUGGUGCUAUUUAUCAGUCUACAUUGUUUUGGUGUUAGCUGCCGAAUGUUGGAGAUAUCAGCCGUAGAGAUGUCUGCCUUCUCUUGAAUAUAAUGGAACUAGAUGGCACUCAGCUGGUGGUGCUCAAAGUGCCAAAAAAAUACACUUGAAAAACUCAACAGCAAUGUCUCUUUCCAGAAAUCAUGACCUGGUUUAAGAUAAUCCACAGACCUUGCUGUGAGUAGCUUCAUGUAGGAACUAUUUCUUUCUACCAAACUACACUCAGCAACCAUAUCAUGGCGCACAAGGAAAUGUGCAUCUACUCAUGGACGAGAGGCUUGUGCUUGUGACAGCAUGAGAUGUAAAGAUUAAUGGCGUCCUCCGCAGCUGAGCUGUAUCGUUAGCUAGCCCAGUGGUGCUGGGUGAGCUAGCAGUAGAUGCACACGUCCUUCUGCGCAGUGAUGCAGUUGGUGCUUGUAGUUUUUUGGGAAGAAAAUAGAUCCACAGCAAGGUCUGUGGAUUACCUUUGUCUUUUCAAAAGUGUGGCGCUUUGAGCUCCACAAGCUGAGUGCCAUUUAGUUCCAUUAUAUUUGAGAGAAGGCAGACAUCUCUACGGCCGAUAUCUCCUACACUCGGCAUCUCACACCAAAACAAUCUUAUUUGUUUAACAGCACUAAGAAGAAAAAAAUGUGUUUUUGAUUUGGGGAGAACUAACCCUUUAAAUGAAAAUACAUCAUCUGCACAGCUAGGGUUAAGGGGGAAAUCACUUUUUUUGUAAUUUUGGUUAACUGACCCUGUAAACAUACAACCCAACAUAUCAAAAUGAAAACUAAAGGUGCUUUAUUUCCAAAUGUAUAAAUGCAUUCGGGUUUUGAUGAUUAAAUGCAUCCUUACAGAGACUUCAAACUGCAGAGCAGUUCAUGUAAAUAGUUGUAUAAUAGCUGUCUUUAUAGCCUAAAUCUGUGCUACCACUCAUGCUGUUGGGGCUGAAUUUUGUAUGUGUGUUUGUAUUUGUAAACAGUAUUUCCUCCUUCAUUAACCAAGUCUCUUUUUGUUCUCUAUCACUGGAGCAACAGAAAGACACUUGAUUAUGAAAAAAUAAACAUUUUCAGAAUGAAAAAAUGAAACCAGAAGUCUGUA